GUAUGCUCUGUGAUGUUACUCCGCCAUUUUGCUAUUGCAGUAGCAGUGGUAAACGUUGAAAGCAGGUUGUUUUUACGUUAUUUUUCUGUUUCACUCCGGCUAGAAAUGCCCCCUAAAAAGAAGGAAGAAGAAAAACCUACGCCUCUGAUGGGCCGAUUUGGAACCUCACUGAAAUGUGGCAUCGUGGGGCUUCCGAACGUUGGGAAAUCAACGUUUUUCAAUGUGCUAACGAAGAGUGCAGCAGCAGCUGAAAAUUUCCCCUUCUGCACAAUAGAUCCUAAUGAAAGUCGAGUGGCAGUUCCAGAUGUGAGAUGGGAUUUUCUAUGCGAUUACCACAAGCCAGCAAGCAAAGUGCCAGCUUUCCUCCAUGUGACAGAUAUUGCAGGUUUGGUUCAGGGAGCACAUGAGGGGCAGGGUCUGGGAAAUGCAUUUUUAUCACACAUAUGGGCAUGUGAUGCAAUCUUUCAUAUGAUUCGUGCGUUUGAGGGAGAAGAUGUAACUCACGUAGAGGGUGAUGUGAACCCUAUACGAGACUUAGGAAUCAUCUCUGAGGAAUUAAGGAAAAAGGAUGAGGAGUAUCUCAAAGAUAAAGUGAACAGUAUGGACAAAACGGUUGUCAGAGGAGGCGACAAAAAGAGACUAGGAGAACUUGAAAGUUUGAAAAAAAUUUACCACUGGGUUUCUGAAGAAAAAAAGCAUGUCAGAUUCGGAACUUGGGCUGCCAACGAAAUCGAAGUUCUAAACAAACAUUUACUGCUCACAUCAAAACCUGUGAUAUAUCUAGUGAAUUUAUCUGAAAAAGACUACAUCAGGAAAAAGAACAAAUGGCUGGCGAAGAUCAAAGAGUGGGUGGAUAAUAAUGAUAGCGGAGCUGUGAUAAUUCCCCUAAGCGGUGCUUUAGAAUACAAGCUUAUAGAGUUGGGUCCUGAGGAAGGUGAGAAGUACCUGAAAGAACUUGGUACCCAAAGUGCUCUGGCUAAAAUUAUUACAACUGGAUUCAAGGCUCUUCAAUUGCAGUACUUCUUCACGGCUGGAAAGGACGAAGUCAAAGCGUGGACGAUUCUGAAAGGCUCUAAAGCACCUCAAGCCGCAGGGAAAAUCCACACCGACUUUGAGAAAGGUUUCAUUAUGGCGGAGGUGAUGAAAUUCGACGAUUUUAAAGAACUCGGUUCAGAGUCGGCAGUCAAGGCUGCUGGCAAAUACAAACAGGAAGGAAAAAAUUAUGUUGUUAAUGAUGGUGACAUCAUAUUCUUCAAAUUCAACGCUGGUGCUGGUUUAACGGAAAAGAAGAAGGCCAAAUAAUAGUUGCAUCACACAACUUAAAUCGUCAUUUAUCAUAGAAACAUAAAAUAAUUUGUUUCUAUCAACUAAGUCGAUAGUGUAAAUUGGUUAUCGUAAAGGGUCUUUUAAGCUGAUGUUUUGGGGGUUAGUGCUUCGGCGCUUGAAACGCCAGCUUAAAAAAACUCUUUACGGUGGCAAAUUUACGUUAUAAACUCAGUUGAUAGACCAAAUUAUCUUUUUACACCCCCUACUGACGCGACACCAUAGUUUCCCUGGAAACUUACCCCCUUUAUUCAUAGAAACUUUGGAACUGAGAACUUUCAGCAAAAAUAGAAAAGUGAUAUUAUUCCAAGACUCAAACUGAGAGCUUUCAGUUUUUGAAGGAUGGAAAAUUCAAAGAUUUUCUGUGUCGAAUCUUUUAAAUUUUCUGAUUAGAGGAUUUGUAGUUGGCUGCAAUUGUUCCUCAAAAGUUGUGCCCAGCGCUCGCGUUAAGUUGCUCUGAAACUUGUUAACUCAGAAUUCGAUAAGCUUUUAGGUAUUCGUCUUUUUUAGGGGAGAUCUAGGAACGCACUGCAACGACCAAGCUACCAUUUGGAAAAAUAAGAUUUGAACGUAAACGAACACUUAGAUCACUUACUCUGAAGUUGUGCGUGAGGUCGUUUGAAAUUUCCUACAUAAGGCAUAUUAAUCAAAAUACCUUUGACAAAGAAAAGAUACUGUUUUAUCUGAACAGAUUCUUUUAUUUUAUAUAAAGGAUUAUCGUGUCCUUGUUAGCUCAGCUAAGAGAGAACGACUCUGUAGCUUUGCAACUUUGUCACGCAACCUUCCGUAGCGAACCAGCUAGAAAUCUUUAAGGGGAAUUGCGUGACGAGUCGUUUAGAAGGAUUUUGUGACGAGUUAAAGAGGUUCUCAAUCUUCUGUGCACGCAGUAUUUGUUUCAGGAGAGUUCAGCGUCACUUGAAGUUCAGGGUAGUUCUAAGCUUAAAAUUCAAAUAAAUGAACCAAGAUUUAAAAAA